UAUUAUCGGUCUAAUGGGUAUAGGUCUAUCAAUAUUACCACUAAUAACGUCAUAUGUCAGGAUGUUUAAGGGCUAUGAAAUUAUUUUUGUUGUGAUCUCCGUAUUGCUAAUAACCGUUACAAUUACACAUGAAAUUUUCAACAUUGGCCAAUCUCUGGAAGAUCAGUUUCAGAUGAUAUAUAAGGAGCUUCUAAAUGUUUCCUGGUAUAAUUGGGAUACAAGAAACAAAAGAACUUACAUUCUAAUUUUAACACAAUCGCAAAAACUUGUAACUUUUUAUUCCUUUCCUAUAAGAGGAAAUAUGGUGUCAUUUCUUAAGUAUGGACAAGUGUUAUAUGGUGGAUUAAGCUUUUUAUAUCAAAUGAUAUAAAAAUGUACAAUUACGACAAUUGGGGGCCAUUACAGAGGCGUUAAAAUUCAUAUAUUAGGAACUAUCUUAAAUAAGU